AUGUCUGGACAGUCAACUACUGAUAAAGAGUUAUUGAAUAGAUUGGGACUUCAUGAACAAUAUAUACGGUCAUUACUAAAGAAGAGGAGUAGUGUCACUCCACCAGUACAUCUACCUCAAUCAUCAUCAUCAUCAUCAACUUCAACUACUUUUGCUCCAACAACAACAUCAACUACAUCAACUACUAAUAAUGAUGAAAAAUCCAAUAUGGUAUUUGAUGAUAAGAAUAGUGGAAGGAACUUCUCACCGAGUGUAUCAUACUUGGAGAAUGUUAUUGGUCAUACUGUAGACUACAACAAGUAUCAGAUCAGUAAGGAAAGAGCUGCUGCUGAGGAGAAGGAGCAAAGAAGGAGGGAUAGGUCUCAUCCAUACAAUCGUGAUGAUAGGCGAAGGAGUAGAAGUAGGAGCAGGAGUAGGAGUAGAAGUAGAAGUAGAAGUAGGGGUAGAGGUGAUCGUCAUCAUCAUGAGCAACGUGAUAAUCAGUGGGAUCUUGAGAGGAAAAGAUUGGAGAAACAAAGAGAGCUGUCACAUAGUAAUAGGAUCAGGUCAAUCACAAGCAAUGAUGAUGUUGAAGUGAAGUCAAAUGGAAUCAAGGACAAUGUGAUCAAUCAAAGUGAUGAUGAUGAUGACGACUAUGAUGACUACCACAACAACAGAGAUAGUAGAGAUCACUAUGAUGAUGAAUUUGACGACGAUAUACCCGAUAUACUAAAGAGGACCAAGGUCAGAGGAAGAGGAAUGAUUGGCAGCAGAGUGAAUGAUGAGCGAAAGGAUAGAAAGAUGCUUGGCAUGCUCAGAGAUCAAUAUGGCAUCAAGUUGGAAGUCUACUCCAGUGAUGAAGAUGAUGACGAUGUUGAUGAAAUGAGGGAGAACCAUUCAACAGACAUCAAAAGUGACAAAGGUGACACCAGCAGUGAAAGCAGUAGUGACGACACAGACACAUCAGAAGAGGAGAGACAACGAAGGAAACGAAGGAAGGAGAGAAAGAAGAAAAAGAUGAAGGAAAAGGAGAGAAAGAGGAAGCACAAGGAUGACAAACACAGGGACAAGGAUAAGGACAAGGAGAGCAAGAAGAAACACAAACAUAAGCAUAGGCAUAGACAUGGUCGUAGGAGUGGUAGUGACAGCAGUGACGACAGUAGUAGUAGCAGUGGCAGCAGUAGCAGCUAG